AACUCCACCGGAAUUGCGGGUCCGCGUGCGACCCUUACACUGAAACCCUCAUCAGGUAUCGCGUACAACCCCUACGGACUCCGGACGCCCAGUACUAGCUCCUCCACCUCCUCCUUCCAUGGCCAGGCACCGCCCGCAUCGUUUUAUAUAAGCGACUCGGCUAAGAACCUCCUCGCUUUACCUGUCGCUCACCCUAACGACAUUCUCGGUGCAGAAUUCACUCAGUCGAGUGACGAUUUGCUUGACACAUACGCCUUACCGGACAAAGGCUCGUCUAAGGACCGCAGCUUGGGUGGAGGUGCAUCUUCGGAUGUGCGCACGGUUCUCCGGCGAGACAGCCGGAAACUUUUCGCCUUGAAACGUUUCUGCAAGGUGCUCAACGAAACGGACGACGAGUUCUACGAGCGCGCGGCAAAGGAAUACGUGAUUGGGAUGAAAAUCGCCCAGGGUUCCCACGUGGUGGGGCUCCACGGGCUCUUCAAGUUCCCGACCAUUGGCAACCUCCAGCGGUCCUGGGGCAUGGUUCUUGAUUUGUGCGAUGGCGGCGAUUUGUUUCUGAUCAUCUUGCGGCCCAGCUUCCGUGUGCAAACGCCACUCCCCGAGAAGUUUUGUCUCUUUAAGCAAAUCGCCUAUGGGGUGCGGUUCAUGCAUGACCAGGGGAUUGUGCACCGGGACUUAAAGCCCGAGAAUGUAUUGCUCAGCAGCCAGGGGAUCGUGAAGUUGACAGAUUUUGGUGUUAGCGAUUAUGGAAAUGAAAUCCCGGGGGAUGUUACAAGUCCAGUGAAGUACUACACCCAGUUUGUGGGCUCGCCACCAUACCUGUCGCCCGAGGUGAUGUGUCUUCAGGGCAUCACCCAGGCUAGGCGAAUUGCAUAUGACCCGUACCAGAUGGAUAUGUGGGGCUUAGGGAUGUUGCUCUUCUGUUUGAUAUAUCAGGGGACCCCGUUUCAAGAGUCCUGGAAGGAGGACGCCCAGUACCGCGAGUAUCUUCUUUCGUAUACUUCGUAUUGCCAGGCAAAUCCCGGCUUCCAGAAGGGUGACAAGCACCACGGCCCAGGCCCGGAGUUCAAGUACGCGCGCGAAUUCCACUCUAGCGGUGCUGCGCGUGUUGCCUGGCGCCUCUGUGACCCGAGCGCUGAAACGCGCAUGGACAUGACCACACUCUUUGACGACCCGUGGUUCCGCGGCUUG